CGAGGAAAUUGAGCCCGCCGUUUGCCGCCUUUCUCCCUUCAACUCACCGACGUGGGUGACUUGUAAUCCGCCCCGGGAACCGAGUCCCGUCUCUCGGUCGUGUAUCUUAGUAAACCGCAACAGCAUCGCCACAGUCACUCGUGAUCGCUGUAUUCUCAAGAGAUCGAGACAGGUGACGGGUGAGGGAUUGUGUGUCUGACUAUGGCAUAAUGAGAUCAAGUUUCCAAGUCACCAGAGCGAUGAUAAAGCUUCUCACAAUCCGCCCAAGUUUCGGUUCCCUUCCACCGGUAACACAUUUCGGAUUCUCAAAAGCUCUCGCAACUCUCACAACCUCUCACAACCUCUCACAACCUCUCUCACAAACUCACGCCGCUCAAAACCUAACGGAUCAAGAUGAACACAUCCACCGAAGGUCACAAGGUUGCGCACAACCGGAACAGCUCCGCCACAGAGCGCAGCAACACCGACAGCGUUGGAACCGACACGAACCCAGAUGACCAUGGGUUCUCACUCGAGGAGCAGAAGAGGAUCAUGAGACGCGUCGAUGUGCGCCUCGUCACCACCGUCGGGCUCCUGUACUGCUUCUCCGUCAUUGACCGCUCUAACCUCCCUUCCGCCGCCGUGGCCGGCAUGAUCAACGACUUGGAUCUGACUGGCAACCGAUAUUCGAUCGUGAGCCUGGUCUUCUUCACGACUUACAUCACCUUCCAGCCAAUCUCCGUCAUCCUUUCUCGGACCCUCGGACCCCGCGCGUACUUCACAGGCAUCACCAUGCUCUGCGGAGGCAUCGUCAUCGGGAUGGGGUUCCUGACGCAUUGGAGCCAGAUGGUUGCUUUGCGGGUCGUUCUCGGCGCCCUCGACUCGGGGUUCUUCCCCAGCUGCGUGUAUCUCUUGAGCACCUGGUACACCCGUUACGAGGUUGGGAAGAGGUUCUCCGUGUUCUACAUGAUUGUGUGCUUCGCUUCGGCAUUCGCGGGCCUUUUGGCCUUUGGUCUCACUCGGCUUGACGGCACGGCAAACCUACGAGGCUGGACCUGGAUCUUCGUCAUAGAAGGCAUCAUCACAUGCGCCAUUGGUGUCGUGGGAUACUUCCUCCUGGUGGGAUUUCCGGACGCCCAGAAGCGGACGUGGAAGUUCCUCUCCGAGAAGGAGACCGCCUGGGUCAUCUCGAGAGUGCAGGCAGACCGCGGAGACGCCGAGCUGCCGGCGUUCAGCGUCAAGAAGUUCCUGAGGGGAGGCGCCGACGUCAAGGUGUGGGCCCUGUCCAUCAUCUACUUCAACAACGCCCUCGUCAACUUCUCCUUGUCCUUCUUCCUCCCCAUCAUCCUCAAAGACAACAUGGGCUUCAGCACGGGACAGGCCCAGAUCCUGACGGCGCCGCCCUACGUCUUCGCCGCCGUCGUCAUGUACGCCACGGGCUGGCUGGGGGACCGCUACAUGCUCCGGGGCCCCAUCAUCGUCGGGGACAUGCUCCUGUCCAUCGUCGGCACGUGCCUGAUGGGCUUCCACGGCGACGUCGCCGUGCGCUACCUCGGCGUGUUCCUGGUCACGGCGGGCGCGGUCAGCGCCGCGCCGGCGACCAUGGCGUACCAGGCCAACAACAUCCGCGGGCAGUGGAAGCGCGCCUUCUGCAGCGCCUUUGUGGUCGGGAUCAGCGGGCUUGGCGGGAUUGCCGGGUCCCUUGUCUUCAGGCGAGACAAGCCCCGUUACCUUCCGGGACUCAGCACAUGUUUGGGGUGUGCGGUCCUCAACAUCGUCGUGGUCAUCUGCAUGAGCUUCUACUUCUACUACUGGAACUCCAAGGCCGAGCGCGGCGAGGUCGAGCUUGAGGCAUCGGAUGAGACGCAAGCAUCUGACUUCCGCUACACAUACUGACCGCAAGAUCCUGCAUUCUGGAACAAGCACUGGUGUACAAGGAUUCAGUGACUUGAGUUGGUAGUUUGUCGUGACUAAAGGCGCUAUUGGAGUUUACGUACUUUUGUUUGGAGGGCGUUAUGGUUAGAUGGAAGAUUUCUGAGAUUGUCAGACUUGAAGCUAUUUUUACAUAUAGGGGUGCUUUUCUUACCCGACUGUCGCCGGCAGAGAGACGAAAGUGCGAAAGCACAUGAAGCAUUGAGGCAGGUUUCUUGAAAGUUGAAGGAUUGGUAGCGCGUUUGGUUUCUUUAUGAAUACAUUGUU